GUUCGUUUCCAUCCGGACAUCUUUGUCAAAGGGGAAACUGUCAAAUGACAAAAUGGUAAACACUAAGACCAUCUCCAUUUGACACCGCAGGAUCCUCUAGCAUCCACCCAAAGGCUUCAGGCAGGACUUAAUCUCUGACGGCAGGAUGAAGGCUCUAUAAGGAUCCCGGUCCAGAUGUUUGGACCUAACUAGCAUAAGCUGUGAACGCAAGAUGGAGGGCCUGAUGCAGCUAGAUGUGGUGGGUGACAUCAGCCCAGCUCUGGAGGCCACUGAGGACUUCGCCGCCCCAGGUGGUCUCACUCCUCCCAAGAACCAGACCUCUGGGCAGCCCAAGAAGCUCCAGGAGACGUCAAGUGCCGCGCUGGCCAAACUGAGCUCCAGCGGCGUUUGGAGCCUCCUGGCCGGCCAGCAGCCUGAGGUGGGCCCGCUCGGGUUGGCUUGGGCCGACGGCCUGAGCGUGGUGGGCUUGCGGCCCGGCAAGAGGAGCCGGGCGCGAUCCACCAAUGACCUGGUGACGCACGGCAAGGAGGGGGGCGCCCCAGCUGCCAACGAUACUGCCACCGUUUCCUCGAACGCCGCCUUCAAGAAGGGACACAACAGGUCCAGAUCUGACAUCAACUACCAAACGGCCGAUUUCACCGACAACGGACUCCCCUCUGUGGAAACCCUGAAGAACACAAUCUUAAACCAUCAGAUGGAAGCUGAAAAGGGGAGCAGCAGUAGCAGCAUCGUGCUGAAGCAAGCCGAGAUGGAGUACCGGGAGGGCCCGCGGGGGCGCUGGAGUGAGUGCCACGUGGAGCUGACGCCCUGCGAGCUGCGCCUUUACACGUUGGACAGCAGCGCCAACCGCCAGCUGGCCAACGCCUACUCGCUGUCGCACUGCCAGGGCGCGGUGGCGCCGGCGCCCUGCCAGCCCGCCGACCCGCGCACCCUGCAGGCCGUCUUCUUCAAUAGCACGCGGGUGCAACUGCGGGCCGCCACCCAGUGGGAGGCGACCGAGUGGCGGCGCCUCGUGUGGGAGAAGGUCCAGGUGGUGAGGCCCGCCCGGCAGCGCAAGGCGGCGACGGCGGAGAAGGCGGUCACCUUCCCCGACGGCACCCCGCCACUAAGCCGCCCCACCACCCUGCCCCUGUUUAGCCAGCGUUGCCAGGACGUUCUCAAAGCGGGCCUGCUGCGACAACUCCUCGACCAGAACUGGUGCGCCUUCACCUUUGUCUUGAGCAGAACCACCUUGCAGGCGUUCCCCACCGAGGGGCGCGGCCCCGUGUCACGCCCCCUCCGCCAGUACCCGCUGGCCUCCUGCUUGGGUGUGCAGCCGGACCCCGAGGUGCCGGAGCAGGGGGAGCGCUUCCAAGCCGCGUUCGCCGCCGACACGCUCCGACUCCGGGCCGACACUGCCGACAAGGCCCUGGAAUGGAUGGAGGCCCUGAGGGGAGCGUUGGGCGCCCGGCAGCCCGCCCGGGAGGAGUGCGGUUCCCUGGUGCCGCAGGGGGUGCUGCUGAGGUCCAAAGAGAAGAGGCAGAGGGAGCAGAGGGCCAAGAGGCAGUCGGUCACCACCAGCUUUCUCGGUCUCCUCACCUAUGUCGCCCAGGAGAAAGGCCUCACCGCUCAGGGCUUCACGUGUGCAGGCUGCCAGCGUCCAGUGGGCGCUUCCAGGGGCAGAGCCAAAGUGUGCCACUACAGCGGUUGGUACUACUGCCAAAAUUGCCAUCAGGACAACACCUUCCUCAUCCCCGCCCGCCUGUUGCACAACUGGGACACCAGCAAGCACAAGGUGUCCAAGCAAGCCAAGGAGUUUUUGGAGUUUGUGUACGAGGAACCCCUGCUGGAUGUGCAGCAGCUGAACGGGGGUCUCUACGAGCACUGCGAGCCGCUCAGCGCCGUGCUGCGCCUCCGCCAGCAGCUGCAGUCGCUGCGCGCCUACCUGUUCAGCUGCCGCGCCACCAUCGCAGAGGAUCUGCGUCGAAGGAUUUUCCCUCGAGAGUAUUUGCUGCAGCACAUUCACCUCUACUCCAUCGCUGACCUGCAGCAGGUAAUCGAUGGUCAUUUGGCUCCCUUCCUGUCCAAAGUCAUCAAGUUUGCCAGCGCCCACGUGCUGGGGUGCACUUUGUGCCGACAGAAAGGUUUCAUCUGCGAACUGUGCCACAGCGGACACCUCAUCUACCCUUUCCAGGACAGCGCCACCAGGAGGUGCUCGGGCUGCGGCGCAGUCUUCCAUGCAGAGUGUCGCCAGAAAUGUCAGCCCUGUCCCCGCUGCGUCCGACGCGAGCUCCACCACACCAAACGCCCGUCGUCCUUCUGGUCUCCCGACGGCGACGACCACCACCUGCCCUACCAGGACACCUGAGACGCUCCCACAUAAUGGCGCAUACAAGAUGGCGGAAGCGACGUUGGUCUGAGCCGAGCUCAAGUGAAAGACGCUUUGGGGAGCGUCAACGAUGCACAAGGACUUCUUUAUACGGGUUCACAAAAUGGCUGCCGCAUCGUCAAAAUUAUCACCGAGUCAUGUUGUGGAAAUAAAUAUCAUGGAUGAUUGUUAGAAGUAGUUUUAAUCGCUAAACAGCGCCCCCCUACGUUAUGUUUGUAUUAACUCUCAAGAAGUUUAUCACUGGGGUGGUGCUAAGUGGUAUUACAACGCAUUAACGUUGACCCUACUACUGCAACAGCGAGCCAUACAUUACAAUUUUAUGUUUAAAAACCAACGACAACUAGCAUUUGUAAUGUUAAGCCUUUUUUUUGACAUAAUGUUAAAUCGUUUAUCGUAGACAACUAUUGCAUCAAGAUCCUACUUAUAAUGUAAAAAAAAAUGACGAGCUAUCUAACUUUCAUAACAUAAUAUCAAAAGAACUAGAAUACAUAAGCUGUUAGCUUGAUCGCCUUUUUAUUUCGGAUGCUACGUUAAAUUGCCAAACGAAAAUGGCCCAGGGCAAAAUGAUGAAGAGCUAGCUUACCGUUUGUAUGCAACAUCAAAAUAAACCAACUGACAUGUGUAAGCUAGGCGCUACAUAGGCUUUUUGUUUGUUGUUUAUUUCGGUCUGAAAGUGAACGUGUUAAAUUUAAUAGUUAAAAAAUGCUCGUUCAUUACAUGAAAACAAAAUGACUAACAAUUUGCGUAUGCUAACAUUCGUGGAAUCCGAAUUUAUAGCACUAUUAGCCAUGAACGUCUCCCAGUUUAACUAUAAAAGGUCACGUUUGCGUGACGGCACCAUUUUGUUUUUGUGAACAUGAACUAAUGACAUUGUCGCCUGUCAUCGAUAAUUACAUAUUUAACAUUAUGUCAACAUUUGAGCCAUAAAAACACAAACCCGAUUUGCUUUUUAUUUGUAUUUCAAUUCAGGGAUUAAAUACAUUGUACUUUGGCCAAAAGAUUUCUGUUUUUUAAAUUAUUUUUGGCGUCCUAUGAGAGGGAAAAAAAUGCUGAUGACUACUAUUUUUGUUUGCCAUUAUGUUUGUUUAUUUUGCCAUCAAAUGUGUUUCUCUGAAGUAUUUAAUGAAGCACCAUAGUUUGAAUUUGCACUUUUCACGUUUGUUUUUGCUUCUGUCAGUUCUGUAAAACGGCCAAUAAAAUGUCUUAAGGGAA